GCCGUUCCGUCACUUCUGAACUUCAUACCAAGUAGCUUGAGCCCUACCAUAGUCGCGAUACUUUCUAGGAGUCUUACUACAGCUCGAGCAACAGUCGCGAACCGCAACACGCACUCGCGUGCCCUUUCUAGCCCCUCCGCCAACAUGCUGCGCGCUCCUGUCAUGUCUUCGGCCGCUUCCCGCAAGGUUGCCGCUCCCGCGGUGGCCGCGCGGGCAGGUUGCCGCCGCGUCGGUGUCAUGCGCGUCUUCGCAUUCCAGAAGGCCGCCAGCUGCGACAACUUGCACGACAAGAAUGCCCUGCAUGAGCGCAUCCAAAAAAGCAAGGAGCUGCUGGACGCCGAGAGCGCCAUGAUGUGCUACCAGUGCGAGCAGACCAAGAGCGGCACCGGCUGCACCGACAUCGGGGUGUGCGGCAAGACGCCCGAGGUGUCGGCGCUGCAGGACCUGCUCAUCUACUCGGUCAAGGGCCUGGGCAGCCUGGCGCACGUGGCCCGCACCUCGCCCGCCAAGAUCGAGGACGCCGCCGUCAACACCUUCAUCAACGGCGCCAUCUUCUCCACCCUCACCAACGUCAACUUCGCAGAUGACCGCUUCCUGGAGUUUGUGACCGACUGCCGCAAGCUUCACGCGCAGCUGGCAGCCAAGAUGGCCGCGGCGGGCGUGGCGGUGCCGGCCGCCGAGACCGCCCACCAGCCCUGGUUUGGAUCCAUGCCGCACCCGCUGGCCUGGAACAGCGACACGCACGUGGCGCUGGCGGGCGUGGGCGACAUGCUCGAGGUGGCCAGCAAGACGGGUGUGAAGGAGCGCCAGCAUGUGCUGGGCGAGACUCUGGCAGGUCUGCAGGAGCUGCUGAUGUACGGGCUCAAGGGGCUGUGCGCCUACGCCCACCACGCCGAGGCGCUGGGCCACACCGACCCCGCCGUGUACGCCGACGUGCAGGCCUACCUGCACUUCCUGUGCUCGCCCGCCGCCGCCGAUGUGGGUCAGGUGCUGGACGCCUGCUUCCGCGCCGGCGCCACCAACUUCAGGGUGAUGGAGAUGCUGAGCAACGCGCACACCGACACCUUCGGCCACCCCGUGCCCACGCCCGUCACGCUCAACCCCGUGCCCGGCAAGGCCAUCCUGGUGACCGGCCACGACAUGCACGACCUGCACAUGCUGCUGGAGCAGACGGCGGGCAAGGGCAUCAACGUGUACACGCACGGCGAGAUGCUGCCGGCGCACGGCUACCCCGGCCUGAAGAAGUACCCGCACCUGGUCGGCCACUUUGGCGGCGCCUGGUACCGCCAAAAGAUUGACUUCGCGGCGUUCCCCGGCGCCGUGGCGGUGACCACCAACUGCGUGCUGGACCCGCUCACUGCCUACAAGGACAACAUCUUCACCAUCAACGAGACCGGCCUGUCGGGCGUGCCGCACAUUCGCCCCGACGCCACCGGGCACAAGGACUUCACGCCCAUCAUCAACCGCGCACUGCAGCUGCCCGGCUUCACGCCUGAGUCCGUCGCCAAGAUGGAGAAGAAGCGCGACGUCACGGUGGGCUUUGGCCACAAGAGCGUGCUGAGCGUGGCUCCCCAGGUGAUUCAGGCUAUCCAGGAGAAGCGGCUGGAGCACAUCUUCCUGGUGGGCGGCUGCGACGGCUCGGAGCCGCAGCGCAAGUACUACAGCAAGCUGUACCAGUUCAUGCCCACCAACACCAUGGUGCUCACCCUGGGCUGCGGCAAGUUCCGCAUCUUCGACCAGGACUUCGGCACGCUGCCGGGCACCGACCUGCCGCGUCUGCUGGACAUGGGCCAAUGCAACGACGCGUACAGCGCGCUGGUGGUGGCGACUGAGCUGGCCAAGGUGUUCAAGACGGACGUGAACUCGCUGCCGCUGUCGCUGGACCUGUCCUGGUUUGAGCAGAAGGCCGUGGCGGUGCUGCUGACGCUGCUGCACCUGGGCGUGCGCAACAUCCGCCUGGGGCCCCGCCUGCCCGCCUUCCUGACGCCCGAGGCGGUGGGCGUGCUGGUGGACAGGUUUGGCCUCAUCCCCGCCAACGUGGCCGACCCCGCGGCCGACAUGCAGAUGAUGAUGGAGUGCAAGUAGAGGCCGCGGAAGGAGGCAGGGGCGGGAACGGAUGAAGGGUGCGGGCGUGUGCUAGGGGCGGGCGUGUGCUAGGGUGACAGUGUGAUGUGAUGCACUUUGCAAAAGACUUCGCAGCGCAUUUUGAGAGCGUGUUGAACAGAUGAGCAAUGCAACCAAUUUGUACGGCUUACAUGAGAGUAGUACGUUUAUAAUAAAGUUGUAUGUCCAAGACCGGUCACGGAUCUGAGACCUGAUAUGAAGCGGUAUUAGAAUCCCUUUUUCGCAUGGAUUUUAGCGCCAGGUGCUGCGUACACUAAGUGGUGUGACAUGCGAACAUGUGAGGUGACAGCCUAAACAAUAAAGAGGCAGGCGCGUAGUAAUAAACAUUCAUGACGCCCACACCACUCACAGACCAAGUGGAAGUGGUGCGUGUCAUUGUGUUUGACGAUAUUCAAUUGUGAGCACUACCGCUUCGACCGGCGUGUCACUGUACACGCUUCGGUCCCGCUGAAAGGGCGGAUGUCGUGCACACGGUGCGGGGUUGUGUUGAUGCAAUGCGCUAGGCUGUACUCUCUUGUACUCUCGAGCGCUAUGCGUUCUGGGCAGAGACAGUCCGUUGGCGAAGGUGGGCUGUAGCUCACGGGCUUGUGUCCGGUGUCUCCGCUUUUGAGGACAACAAAAACCUGAGAUGAAGGUCGUGUGACCGCGUGACGUGAAGCAACCUGUAAUGGGACCAGAAA